UAGAAACGAUCAUGGGUUUCGAACUUGGGCUAGGCUUUCUGAAUAGUCUUACUAGCGCUCGGUCUCAAGAGUUCUCCCACCUAGAAGACUUUGCCGAUCGAUUGAGUCACUUCUUCAGCUGCGGCCUGAUUCUCAUGCUUGCCGGAGUAACAAUGGCCAAUGUGUACUUUCUACGCCCGAUUUCUUGCACUCUGCCGACGGCGCCGGAAAAUCAGUUUGGUCAGUUUGCCGAAUCUGUCUGUUGGGUGCGUGGGACUCUGGCCAUCCACCAUACUGAAUCGAUGCCCAUAAGCCGGGCGGAGUGGGAUAUGAUGCGCAGUAAAUCUGAUAUAUCGUUCUACCAAUGGGUGCCAUUUUGUUUGUCCGUUCAAGCAAUGCUGUUUUUCAUACCCCAUGCCAUCUGGCAGUCACUGGCUUUGAAUACAAUGGGCGAGAACUUGGAGUCCGUACUAGCCAAGGCUCGAAGUGCGAAUACUGCCGAGGAGAGUGAAAAGCGUACCAAGUUCGUGGAGUCCGCUGCACAUCAGCUGUUUCGUUUGGCUCGUCAACAUCAAGAUCAUCGCUCCACACGUUGGGCUAGGCUCCAACGUCGAGCAGCCUCAUUUCCCGGGGGUUCAAUCUGCGUACCUGGGAAACGCAUGGGCAAUUGUGUGAUGGUAGCGUAUUUGUUUGUGAAAGUCCUCUAUUUCGCCAAUGCACUCGGACAGCUCUUUCUUAUCCGCACAUUUCUCGGAUUUCACGGUAACCUGUUCACUUUUGGCGAAAAACUGGUCGGAACCUUGACCGCGAAGCGAGAGUGGGAGGAGAGUGAGUUUUUCCCAAGACAAACCUAUUGUCCGGUUGAAGUACGCAAUCUGGGUACCAAGUCCAAUUUGUACACGGCCAUUUGUGCCUUACCAGUCAAUAUGUUCAACGAGAAAAUCUACAUAUUUCUAUGGUUGUGGAUCGCCGUCGUUGCCGUGGUGACUGCACUCAGCUUCUUCGUUUGGAUUGUUCGAUUGGGGUGGCAACGUAGUCAGACCAACUUCGUUCGCGAGUACCUUGUUUUGUCCGUUCAGAGUCUUCUAAACGAACCUGGUCGUGAACAUCCUACGGAGUGUAGUGCGUGCUCAGUCAGUGAAGAUGACCCAGAGCUACAGCAUUUUAUCCGCGAUUUCGUACGUGGAGAUGGAACCUUCCUGUUAAGAAUGCUUCGAGCAAACGCGGGAGAUGUAGUGACCGGAGAGAUUUUGAGCAAAUGGUGGCAUCUAUUUGUCGAGUACGAAAAGGCUGAGUGUGCCAUGUUUGAAAAGCAACGUCUGAGCAGCACAGAGUCACUUACGAAAAAGGAACCAUUUGGAACUGUGGAACAUGAGAAGAGCCUCAUGGCAAAUGGAUCCGCACCGAAAUUAUCCAAGUUUGUCU